AUGAGCGAAGCCGAAAAAUGGCGAGACGUGUAUCUCAUUCUAUUUCCUGACACUGAUCCUAACGACAUUCCCAGUCCUUAUCUUGAUUUCCGGAAUAACGCAAACCAUGUAGGAGACGAAUCAUCUUUCACUCGGUACGAGCAUUCUUUGAGAAGAGAACUGCCCAAAAAGGUUCGGCGCGAACUUGAGGCGAGAAUCGAUCAGGCUCUCGAGCCUUUAGAAGAGACUCUCAAGAGCCAAAUCGUCGACAUCGUGCGGGAUGCCCAACUUUCACUGUUUCAAAGUUUCAUAUCCACCAACUCAGACAAGAAUGAGAAGAAACCCGAAAGCAAAGAUGCUGAAAGCAGCCCCAUGCCAGAAGAACAUGUCCAGCCUUCUUCCAGUCGCGAUCAAAGCGAGUUUGACGACCUUCAAGCCUACAGGCCUGAGCCCUACCUCAUGGGCGACCUACCUGAAUUCAACGGGCUUUUCUUCGAGUUGACAUCUGACACGGUGGUAUGCUCAGGAGAAGAAGCUGGAGGCUAUCUAGAAUCAACAGACUUCGGAGGUGUUCCGAACUUUGGCCAGGAGGUCACGGACAUGAAUGAUCAAUCGAGUGGCCAGAGUGACUGGGACUCGGGAUACGUAUCUACUGUAUCAGAUUUCCAGGCAGUACCUGGUGGCGAAAGCAGAACGGAGGAGGAGGAACUCAAUACGGGGAAGGGAGUUGCCGAUUUCCAAUUCUAG